UUCCGCUACAAACGGAAGGUGCAGUCUGUUGUUAGAAGCGCGCACAGUCUAAACUUUUCAUAAAGUAUACACUAUCUGUAUAUAGUGUAUACAGUCGUAGUUGUCAGAGUGAACGCGACUGGGUCAAAGAGAAUCAACAGGUGCACACCAAGAGUGUGCCGGUACAGCAAAGAAAACGAAAGUGGACUUCGACUUGGUCAGUGAAUGAUUCCGGUCAAGUGGGUCAAUGUGUGGCAGUUCUGCAGGUCCAACCACCAACAACUGUGGACUCUGUGUUGCAGUGUUGGGAAUUGGAAGUAAUCGAAAGAGUGCAAAAACAUCAAACGUGUUGUGAUUGUUUUAGUGUUAUGAACUGCAGAUUGUAUAUUCUGUUGCGAAAUCAAUUAGUUCUAUCUAGUGCAUUUGACUCUUGACUUAUCGAAGUUUUUGAGUAAUUCUCGUUAUCAGACCUCGGCAUGUGUUAUGUAAACAGUCUGGUGAUUUAUUUGUUGGAAACCAUUUCAAACAAAACUAACCUGCAAAAUAAGCCAUUAUCGGAGAUAAGGCCCGCUGAUUCGGUUCGUUGAAAUCGGCCAGUGGACUGGGAAAGCGUUAUCAGGGAACGUUUAGCAUGAGGAGUUUCCUUUGUUUUUGAGCAACAUCCACCAGAAGUUGGCACUUUUGGUCACCACGUUUUGGGAAGAUGCCCUUCGGCACGGUUUGUGUCAGUACCGUAGGCAAUCGCCCGAGAACCUGGUCGUCAUACUCAAACAUUCGUGCCAAAGAUGCUCAGGAUAUCCAAAAUAUGAACAGCACUGACGAGAUAUUAGUUUACAAGGAUCCCAAUGAUGUUUACCCAUCUCCCACCCUUGCGAGGAGGACACUGGGCUGCAGCUACGAUUUACCCGAUAAGUCGCCGAAAAAGGAGAAGAAAUGGUCGAUUAGUAACAUUUUCAGGAGAAAGAAGAAGGAUGAAAGCGAAAGCAGCAGCGAGGAAGAAUUCCAGAAGAAAGGGUUCCUUGGUAGGAGGAAGAAGAAGCCGGAAUCCAGAAGGAAAAAACCGAAGACCCUAGGAACUUUUGACCAUGUAGUUAUACCUCCAGGUCCCAGGAAUUCUUUUCAUAAUGGUUACAACUGUAACGAGGAAAAUGGUGUUUUAUCAGAUCCCACUGGAGGAUUUUCCCAUUACAUUGGAAGAGCGUUACCCCGAAUUCCUACAGGAGGCGACUCUUGUCAAAAGAUGAGUAGAGAAUCUCUUAAUGAAAGCAACCUAUCUAAAGUGAGCAUUGGCUCUGGCUCAGUAGAUAGUAUCAGGAAGAGCAGAAAGGAAAUGACCAAAGUAAGAGCAGAAGCAAGAAGGACGUCUUCGAAAAAUGGUAGCAGUUCAGAAGAAGAAUCUCAACGAUCGAAUUCAUCCUUGAAAGUAAGGAGCGAGGAGAAUCUCCAGGCGAGAGAAAAUUCAGCAAACCGUAGAUCUCGCGCAGCUCGAACAGAAAGAUAUCUGAAACGUCAUUCAAGAGAUGGAGAGAAUCCUCACAACUACUUGCGACUGUCGAAGUCAGACGUAGAAAACUCCUCCAUCAACUGGAAACAAUCCGAUGAUAGUAACAGGUCACCAAGCAGGAGCCCUCUAGUGUUAAGUUCAGUAAUUCCAACAGAUGCCAAAAAUAAGCUGUCUUUCUCCAGUUUGAAUUCGAGUUCAAACAUUUCCGGUUUAUCUACUAUACCUCCUAGUCACGGUAACCAUGCCAAAUAUAGGGUCAGCAAUUCGACCAGCAAUCCUUCGUACAAACCUCCGCAAUCUAUGAACGAUUAUAACAACAGUACGAAGCGAUCUAUCGACUCCAAUAUCGAUAAAUACUUCAUCGAGCAACGUAGCAUAAGCUGUGAUGCAAACAUACAUAAUAUAGCACCUUCGCCUGAAUUUCCACAAGAAGUAUUGCACAUUCAGUUUCCCAUAACGCGACCGAACCUUGGACAAAGAAAUCGAAUUCUUCACGAUACUUCUCAACUUAGUAAAAUCAGGCAGCCACCACCAACACCACCUCCUCGAGAUCCAAGCAGAGUUGGCAACCAUUUCCAUGAAAACAGUAGAAGUAGACCAAAUACUUUUUACUUCGACAGUAGCGGCCAGACCAAGUCCAAAUCCUUCACUACCUCUCAUGCUCAUCCUGGAUUGCAGCAAACUAAAAAAUUCAAUUCUUUCAAUCUCCAUCCCAGCUACAGAUCAACUUCUGAGGACCAUUUACCACGUGACACGCUGAAGGUUCAGUUAGCAGCGAGACCAUCCUCAACUACCCCUGAAGCUAAUAGACCUCAGCGAUACAUCACUAGGAGGGGUGAUGCGAAAGCUAUCACUGAGGAUUUGAAUUAUCUUACUGACAAGCAUCCAAGAAGCAGAAAACCAAUAUUUGUUCAGCCAAGUGUCGGCAUUGUAAGUAAUAGUGAUAACAAUGAGGCUGGCAGUCAGAAAGCUCUGCAUUUCUGGAAGCAGAUUGAUCGCCAGAAUACUAUUCCGAAUAAACCAAUUCUCAAGAAAACUAGAUCAGAUAGUCCACAAAUGUUUACGAGUCACACUCAAGUACAUAACAAAAUUUUCCUACCUAGCGUUCUUCAGCACGAGAAUACGAAACCUGGAAGUCGUGGUUCUAGUCCAUUCAAACCAGCGACUCCUACUAUGCCAGAAACUGCUAAACCACUCGAAAUAUCAUACCAAACAGUUCUUGGCGAAAUAAGCAAAGACGACAUCAAACGCAAAUCAUCUAACUUGGAGGAGGCAUUAGAUGAACUAGAAGCAAUAUACAACAGUUUGAGACUAGGAGAUGAAGACCUACUAGAUAGAGCUGAACAAAGAGAGAAAGAAACUCAGGAUAAGAAGUUGCCUGUGGAACUUUUGAAUUCUUAUCCAAGUUACUCGUCUAGAGGAGCUCUGAGUGAUUCUAGCUUCAGCUAUGAACCAUUCGACGCUGUAGAUUCACCUAGACGAAAGAAAAUGAUGAGAAAAAAUCGCACUUUAGAUAUCAAACAAGACGACAUGGCAUUCAGAAAAUUGAAUAAAUACAGAGCAAACACGAUAGGUGACCCACAGUCACAUAUAUCCAAAGUUAGUUAUUUGCUCUCCUCGCCGGUUUACUCUGAAGAUCAUCACGAAGAGGAGAUACCUAAAGAGAAUAACAAUGAGCCUGAUAUAACAAAAGACGAUGUAGUCUAUAGAAAUGUUAAACAUUUGAAUAACUCGUUGAAAGUAGUAGAUCCACAACCACCGUUUGGUAUACCCAUAGGACCUAUAACUCCUGGGGCAAACAGCGAUUAUCUGCAUGCCAAACCUGAAGAUAUUUUCACGCCAACAUUCAAACCUCGCAAAAUUCCGGAUAUAGUUAAAGAUGAUUUAGCUUUUCGAAAUCUUCGCAAAGAUAACAAUAAAGGUCCAGCCUUACCUUCACUAUCUACUGAAGAUUUCAAGAAUAAUAAUUCUGACCAUAUCAAAUUUGACCUUAACUACCUCAAGAAAAAAAGAGCUCAGAGAUCAUUGUCUGCUAACAUUGGCAGCCUAAUGCACAGCGAUAUCAUUGAGAGAGCUAAACUAAAACAGAAACCAAGUGUUGAUGUAGGAAACGAAUUUGAAUCUUUCAAAACUCUUACUGAUAUUGCCGAUGCUAUGGAAAUUGCCAGAAGCGUAUUGAAGGAGAAAGAAAACAAAAUAACAAAUACUAGGAAGGCUUUCAUGAGCGAUACUGACACGAAAUAUAUUCAUCCUAUCACUAACAGAAGCAACAUGUUAGAAAGUCGGCAGAAUUUCUUUAACAGCUUGAAAAAUUCUCAUGCGAAUCAUAAAUGUAAACCAUCAUCUCCAAGAUUGGGAGAAGAUAAGUUGUCAGCAAAACCACCACGAGGACAAACUCCAGAACGUAUAAGAUCUCCAAAAGAGUCAACUCCCAUACCUGUAUCCCCUCUGGAAGACAAACAGGCUCUCCAGAGUGAAUCUACCUCAUCAUCUUUAGAAGACCUUUUGAAUGCAUUAGCAGAAGAAGCGAAAGAAACUACAGAGAGAAUUACAAACGAACUGAAUAUGUUGCGUGAAGAAAGAGAUAAAGAGAAACAAUCUACAAAGUGUGAGUCUGUGGUUGAAGAACAAAAGGAUGAGGUCGUGACAAGAGUCAACAAUAAAGAGUUGAUCAAAAAAUUGUCCGAGAUUGAUGCUGUAUCAGAACAUGCCAAACUCUGUGAAAAAUUAUUGGAGUGUGUUGUCGAUAGUAGUGAGCUGAUGGCAACAACAAAGACUGAAGAAGAAAUUGUAAAGAGAAUUGAUGAAGAAGCAGCAGUAGCGGAAUCUGCUAACGUUGUUAUGUCCAGGACUGGUUCAAAAGAAGACAAAGUUAGCGAAGAAUCUGAUCAUGAUUACGAGAAUCUAGUGUCAGAUAAAGAGUUGAAUGUGGACGAUCUUGACUUGAAGGUUUUACCUGAAACCAAGGAACCUGAAGAAUCUCGAUCUUCAUUCGAGGAACAUAAAGCAGAGCUCAUCGCGAGCUUCCAAGAGUUGAAAGAGCACAUGGAAGAUAUCAAACUACCACUAAGAAGGAACAGUGAAGAUAACCAUGGAAAUAACGAUCAGACUUCUGCGAAGGUGGAUUCUGUAUAUGAUAAUAUAGAAACAGUUGAUAGAGACGAUUAUGAAAAUGUUGGGGUUACAGAUAAACAAUCGACAAGACGCUCUCGUUCCCGCUUACCUAGAUGGCUGCGGUUCCAUUCGGUUGGAAGCCUGAUUGAUCAAUCUACAGAUAUGUCUGAAACUCCAAAUACAAGAGCUGAACGCAUAGCGCGCUACAAGGAGGAGAGGAGACGGCAGCUGGCCGCCCAAUUCGGCGACGCAGGCAAAGAAGGCUCGCCCUCCCGAUUGCCGGGCGGCAAAGAUGGCGCCGAAGGGCCGCGACCCACGCGGGCGUCGAAGCUGCGGCUAGCCGCCCUGGCCUCGCAAGAGAGCCAGGGAGCAGGCGGCAGGCUCUCCGAGAAAUCACCCACGCCUCCUGCGACCGGAAGUGACGGCAGAUCGUCGGGAAGCAAGCGGCCUGUCGAACGCGAUAAGAGCGCCAAAAGGAAGUCGAAUUUGAACCGGUCCACGACUUCCGAAGAGGUUCCUACAACCGAAACUGGCGAUGACUUGAAGAGCCGUCGUCGCCAACGCCGAUUUUUCCCUCCAGAAGUACUGGAACAAACGCCGAAGUAUACAGCCUCCGAAAAAACUAAAAACGAACCAAACACCACUGCCUCUAUUCAAUAUUAUCCUCCAACCUCGCCAAUCACUGCCUCUUCCUCCUCCACCAAACUAACUCCGAGGAAAUCCCAAUUGAGCAUGCACAUGGAAAAUGCUCGCCGUGGUAUCUCCCCUGCCUAUUCCGAAAUGGGAAAAUACAAGCCGUUCGCCAAGAGAGCCGUCACUUCUAGUCCGAAACCCACUUCCCCCAGGUUCAAUCUGUCAGACCAAUCACAGCCGUCUACCGCCUUUCCAAGACUGUCCAGUAGCACAAAGCUUGAAGACGACAACAGCAAGGCUAUAGCCAAUAGGAUGGAGGAGCUGACAAAUAUCACCAAGCAAACUUUAGCGAGAGUACAAAUGCUCACGAGUAAAACGAGAGAGUCACCGAAGCGAGAACCUAGAAGGCCAGUAACCAGCAGCCCUUGUGCGCAACCAGAGUCUAAACUUUCGACUAGGCACAACAGAAUAUCUCCGUCAGUUGAAAAAACACAGCCGUCCUCUAUAUUGAAGAAGAAAUCCAUAGAGGAGCCGCCUUGCAUCGCAGUGGAACCAACUCCUGUGCUGCCCAUCGCGUCUGGGCCUGUUUCUAUUCUGAAGAGAAAAGUGUCCCAAGAUGACCAUAACAAACACGAAGGCAAUGCGCAUUCUUCCAAUAACACACCCCCAGUCACCUUCUCGCCUAGCGUAGUCGAACCUACGUCCACCAAACGCAAACAGGGUAUCCUGAAGAAACGCAGAAGCUUGGAUGAGUCUACGGUGAUGAGGCACCGGAGCUGCAGUCCUGACGUCGCCAACAAGUCUGAUUCUCGCUCGAUUCUGAAGAACCAGAGACGAUCAUCUCUUGAAGAACUGAGGAGAACGCAGUCGCCAGAAGCACAUCUGCAAAGCAUUCUGAAGAGGAAGACGUCCAGGACGGAAGACGACGACCACUCUCUCAAUUCCCCGCAGGGAAUUCUGAAGAGGAGGUCAGGUGCUAGCAGUGCCGGCUCCACGACUAGCACUCCUCACGUUUCCAUUACUACUGCUGUGAUUCUAGCCGCUGCUGGGGGUGCAGAAAUGAUUCUAGACUCUGACUCGGAUCACGUGAAGCCGAUCCUGAAGAAGAAAAGCAUCUCCGAAGAUUCUUAUCAUAGUGAUCCGUCGGAGGUUCCUAAACCUAUUCUUAAGAAGAAGUCCAGCACUGACACAGACGAUUCUGAGGAGAAGCCAAAACCUAUUUUGAAGUUGCCAAAAUCCGCGGAGCAAGAAAACCAGGAGACCAGAUAUUUCAAGCACAAUUCUUCUAGCGAGGCUGAAUGUGAGGUUAGGGUCAUACGGAGGCAGAAUGCUUCUAGAGGAGAAUCGCCGAGACCUAGGCUGUCGUUUUGCUAUGAAGAUUCCAGUAUUCAAGAAGAAGCUGCUCGAACUAGAACGUCCAGGCGUUCCCACACCAUUUGUACUGAUUUUAAUGUAGCAUCUUCGAGUAUUAUUAGUAAGGAAGAAGACAGGAAUUUACGAAAAGCUAGGCCUUUGUCUGUACACGAUCUGGUGAAAACUUUUGAGAUCAGUAGCUCGACAGGCGCGAUACCGAAAAGGAGUAGCAUGAAGAGAGGUAGUGAACGAUACAAGACUCAGCCUGUUACUUCGAAUGAAUAUGAAGCAAGGAAUUUCGACGUCCGCUCACUUUUAGAUUUCACGUCUUCCUUGGAGAAUGACAGCAAUCUGAACAACUUCUAUUCGUCAUCGUUGCAAAACACCACCAGUCCGGAUCACUUCUCCUGUGGCAAAAUGUCUUCCGAUUCGGCGUUUCAAUCCUUGGGAGAUGGACUUGAACUCGACCAAGAUGAAGAUACCCCCCAAACUUCGGAAAAUGAACCUACCGAAAUCAAAAUCAAAAUUGAUCCACCAAAAAUGGAGUUACAAAUGAAGGCUUUAGCAGAGGAGGCAAAAAAAAUGAAGUUGGGAAAAAGCAAUGCAGGAAUAGAAAAAUAUAAAUCUAGAAAAUCUGGAUUAUCAGAUCGAACACCUAGAUUUUCAACUCAGCCGGUGACUUUUGACGAAGUACAAGAAGCUUCUAGGAAAAAUAAAUCAGAAGAGAAAAGAGGUGACGACGCCGAACCAGAUAAAUCGCCAGAACGCAAGGGCAUUCUCAAACCGCCCGUCUCCAAACGCACAGCCCCCCCUCAAAUCUCCCCUACCGAACUCGCGCCGAGAACUGCCGAAGCGCCGCCGAGAAAAGCCGAAGCGUCGCCGAGAUCGGCCGAUCUGUCACCGGCAUCGGCCGAGACGUCGCCGGACAAGGACGACGAGGGCAUCUCGUCGGCCUCCGACUCGGACUCGUCGACGGGCGCAAGGCGAGGCGAGGCAGGCCGAAGACAGCCGAGACAGGCGAGGGGGAACGGCGACAGCACGUCGGAGGGGGAGUCGAGCGGCGGCAGGGAGGUGAGGAGUAUCUUCAGGCAGGACGACAAGCUUCGAAUCAAAAACGCCCUAGAGAGCGUGCUGUCGAAGAGCCGCUUCGGCGACGACUGCGCCCUGCUGCAGCCGACCAAUAAGGUGACAGUUAGAAGGUCGCAGACGCAGAACGAGAUGCCGCAGGCGGUGGCCGAUCUGCGCGCCAAGCUGCAGCUGCGCGGCGAAUCGGAGUGGCGCAAAAGAGUGCCGCACCACAACAAUGCCACCGACGAGCUGAAGCUGCUCAAAGAAAAGAACAGAUACAAUGACGAGCUAUCCGAGAAGUCGCUGUUGACGCUCAAAAAGGACGAACUGGACGCCUCGUCCAGACAAUGGAGAGCGAGGGUGGAAAAAUCCGAUGCCGAGAAAUUUUCCGUGGCCGGGAAAAUGGGGGAGAAAAUCAGGGACGCCGUGCCGACGAUAAAUAUUCCGACGGCGGACGAGAACAGGAAGCGGACGCCUCAGGCUAAGAGAUACAGGUCGAAAGAAGGUCCUGAUUCUACACCUACAUCACCAGAAAAAAAUAGCCACUUUGAUCUCACGAGAAGUAAAUCUACACCUUUCUCAACUAUAGUCAACCUUGAUACUACUGGCUCACCCACGAAAUUUUCGUCCAGAAAAGUGUCCGUUGCUAACCCGGAUGACAUCACCUUCAGAGCCUUCUUCAAGAGCGUGGAGGAAUCGACCACCACCUGCGAUCGGAUCGAUUUGGCCAUCGAAGAUUUCGAUGCCGUGGAGCGACAAUCUCUGCUGGUCAUCAAGAAGAACGUGCAGGUGCAGAAGAGGAGAGGCGCCUCUAGGAAUCCCAUCAAGGCCCUAGCUUCGAGGACCGACAUUUCCAACGAGUACACCGAGAUCAUCACCGGCGCCGCUGAGAGAGAAAAGAGAAGACUGAAUAUCGAGAAAUUGGCCAAAAACUCGAAUAAAGCCCUAGAAGCUUUAGCUGGACUAGCCAGCAAUGAAGACUUCAAAUCGGUAGCCUUGAAAAAAUCCACUGGUCCCACCGGCUACCUACCAUGGAAGGACCUAAUGCUUUUGCAAGUCAAAGGCCGUCGGCAGAUCCAAACUAGGCUAGUCGAACCUACAGCCAACAGUAUUAACGAAGGCGACAACUAUAUCCUCAUCACUCCUAGCGCCCUCUACAUCUACAACGGAACUUAUUCGAAUGUUAUCGAACAAUCGAGAGCAUUGGAUGUAGCCAAUCACAUUCGUAAAACCGGCGAUAUGGGAUGCAAGGUCGAGAAAAUCCACAGUAUCAAUACGAAAACUUCAUCUCCCAAACACACCGAACACUUUUGGAAGCUCCUCGGGUCAGAAGGCACUCCGGAAACAGUCGAUGCAGGGCACCCAGACGAAGAUGAGACUUAUGAAUCGAACAUACUCCACACGAACAUGAUUUAUACCUUGGAAGACGAUGAGUUAGCCCCUUUCGAGAAAUACUGGGGUUCAACCCUCAAAGUGGAAAUGUUACAAGAUACCAGCAUAAUCGUGUUUGAUUUCGGUUCUGAGAUGUACGUGUGGAGUGGCAAAAAUGCUCCUCUCGAUAAAAAAAGGCAAACAAUGAAGCUAGCUAAGGAGAUGUGGGAGGAAGGGUACAAUUACUCGGAGUGCCAAAUCUGCCCCCUGAACAUAUCUUCCAUCCUCGGCGAUAGAAAACAGAAGGAUCUACCUUUGAAGGCAUCGAAAAGGCCCAGUUGGGCUCUCUUUGCCAAAAUAACCCAACAUCGCGAGACUGUUUUGUUCAGAGAGAAAUUCUUGGAUUGGCCCGACUUUUCGAGAGUGAUCAGAGUGAGAAGCGACGAAAAUAUAAGAGAAGUGAGCGGGUCGAUUGACAUCAAACCCUGCGAUGUCGAUGAGAUGAUAGCCGAAAAAGACCCCUAUCCCGAUCUGGUGGUGGAAACCACCCACUUGGGAAGGGGUGACAAAUAUUUUGACGAGGAAACCAGGCGGCUGUUUGAGUACGAAACCCUGGAAGUCAAAGGCUGGCACAUAUCCGAGAACUCCUACGAAGCGCUCGACGACAAGUCGAUCGGCCAGUUCUACGACGGCGACAGCUACAUCUACUGCUGGAAUUUCCGGCAGACCGUGAGAGGGCGCGAGCUGAACGGCACCCCGUCCAGACACGCGGCCGUCGGAAGGGACAGGUGCAUCUUCUUCUGUUGGCAGGGUUGCCGUUCCUCGAUCAAUGAGAAGGGCACCGCGGCGCUGCUGACGGUCGAACUGGACAAGCAGAAUGCGCCGCAGGUGCGGGUUGCUCAGGGAUCCGAACCCGCCGCGUUUCUGCGACUGUUCGACGGCAGCAUGGUGGUGCGCCAAGGGAAACGCGGGGAGAGUGAGGAGUUUGAGAAACCGAUGCUGUUUAUAGCGAGAGGCGAGAAAGAGGAUGAGACUUAUCUGAUGGAGGUGCCUUUAGGAAUGAGCUCUUUGAGAAGCAGGUCUUCGUUCAUCAUCGUCGAUAUCGACACUGAGCAAGUCACUAUUUGGCACGGAGCCAAGUCCAGCCAGCAAAAGAGGAAAGUUGUAAGAGAAGCUGUUCGGAAACUGAUGGUCAACAAACCCGCAGAAAUGUACCUGGAUGACUUUGAGGAGGAUUUGGAUAUCGUGGUGAUGGAGGAGGGUAGUGAGAGCGAGGACUUUUUCGAUGUUAUGGGCAAUAACAGGGCGAGUUACAAUUCGUUGUUGAAUUGUGAGAAGGAGUACGUGCACACACCGAGGUUGUUCAGGAUGAGCAGUGUGACGGGGAGUUUCCUGGCUACCGAGGUGUUGUGUCCGCAUAGGAGUGAGCAUUCUAGUCCUUAUCCGUUUAAUCAGACGGACUUGUAUUCUGCUAGUCAACCUGCUUUGUUCUUGAUCGACGACAAGCACGACCUGUGGCUGUGGCAGGGCUUCUGGCCGGAAAAAGAGGCGGAGGCGGAAGACCUGAGCGACCAGACGGGCUCCGGGGCGGUCCGGUGGCAGGCGGAGCGAAGGGCGGCCAUGCGCACCGCCGUCGACUAUUGGCGGCGCACGCGCGACGGGGGCGCGGUCUCGGCGCACCUGGUGUGGGCGGGGCUGGAACCGCUGGCGUUCAAGGGGCUGUUUCCGUGCUGGGAGGAGCGGGAGGAGGUGAAGAGGCUGAAUUUGAAGGAAGGAAAGAAGAUGGGCGACAUGUUACCCCUAGAGAGGGAGCUGGCUCUCUUGUCUAGGACGAUCUAUCCGCUGUCCGAACUGCUCCAAAGGCCCCUACCCGAAGGUGUCGACCCGACGAACAUUGAAAGGUACCUUUCCAAUGCAGAUUUUCGGGAACUCUUGUCGAUGACCAAAGACGAGUUCGAGAAACUGCCGUCGUGGAAGAAGACGGCCUUGAAGAAGGAGAAGGGUCUUUUUUGACCGCUGUUAGGUGUGUUGGUCGAGAAACUGGACUAUUAUUUCGGCAGGUGCUUCGAUGUCUCUAAGUAUAUCGAUUUUAUCUAAUACUUGUGAUUUUUGUAGUUAUUCGUAUUUUAUCUUGUGGACAAAAUUUGUUGAUUUCGUGUUAUAUUUUCGGCGUAACUGAACGGCUUUCGGUAUUUAGUAUCGCGGCCAUAUGUUAUAAUUAUUCAUAAUGAAUAUUCUAAAUCAAAGCUGAAUGAUCAUUUAGGUACAGCGUGUUUUGUAUAAAACUUUUCGAUGAACAUUUUUUAAAAUCCUAUUUUAUUGAGAAUUGUAUGUUUUUUGUUGCGUCCAUCUCAUUUGGAAUAAAAACUGCCAUUUAACCGUAGCGUCAUUUUAGGAGAAAUAACUAAUAGAAGUACUUAAAAUUUACGUCAUUUAACAUACUGAAAGGUCUUAGAACAACACAAGUGACUAAAAUUUAAAAAUAUCAUUCGAUUCCAUUGCCAUUGAAGUAAAUCAAAAUAAAACUUCAUCAAACAUGAUACUGCAUAUCAAUUUCGCAAAUGAAGUUCGGAAAUAACUUUCUAUGAAAUUUUUGUUAAACGGCAACACUGUCUGAUUAUCGAGUUUGACAUACACAUUUUAAGAGUUAUUUGGGGAGGGGGGAGUCGCAGUAAGUGAAUUUUACCAACUUAUUUUGAAAUUUUAUAAAUUUGGUCACCCUAGGUGGAUUAUUAAAAAGAACGUUUUUCUAAAACUCAUUCAAUUUGACACUGAAAAAUUUUAGAACAUAACAUGAAAUAAAAUAUAUUUGAAUAGAUAUUCAAACCAAUAAAAUCAAUUGAACUGUCACUUAGUAGUCCGAUCUUGCAAAAUCUUGUGUUGCUCAUAUCACGUGACCGGCAGACAAGGUGCGAGGUGGACAAGUUUCACAAUACAACAAAUUGUGCGGAAGCGAUGAAUCGAAGUAUUAUCGAUAAAAAACUUGCUGAUUUGGCUGAUUUGGUCGAUUUGGUGAAAAGUACGACGCGAUGAUAUUUGCUCAUCAGUAGGAAAUUUUCGAAAUUCCGAGUUUGAACUGGGAAUACUGGGAAACCUGAAAUGUCGUUUAUCUAUGAGCUACGAGUCGGAAAUUCAGAGUACGCAUUUGGAAAUUCUGGAUGUGUACAGAAUAUUUCAUUUUCAGAUUAGAAACCAGUAACUGGGAAUUUCAUUUUCAGAAUGCAAACUUGAUAUUUCCAACUCAAAAUUAGAUUUUUUCUACUUCAAGCUUUGAAUUCCCUACUCAUCAGUCGGAAAGUUCGAGUUUACAGUUGGGAGUUGGUAGUUUGAACUGGAAAUGUAAUUUGAACUUGAAAAUUCUGACUACAACAUCAACAUUUUUAGUUAUUAAAGUUGGAAAGUAACAGUUUGAAGUAGGAGAGUCAGAAAAAAACCAGAUAUUUACCAUGAAACGUUGUUUUGUGAAACUUUCCCAAACUCCAAUUUGCCAGCUCGUCUAAGAAUGGAGGUAGACCCCGUCCUCUUCGCAUGGGCCCAUGUGACAACAACAGAUUACAAUCAAUUCAAUGACAAUUCAUGAAAUUAAUAUCCACCACAGAAAUCUUUCCCCCCUUAUAGAAUGAAAUCUCGCUCAGUUUCAGAAGCCGAACUGAUUUGACAGUCAGCAAACCUAGCAAUAAUUUCGAAAUAUAAUCAGGUAUAGUCAAUCUGUAUCUCUAGACUGCUAUAAGUCAUAAUAUGUCAAAAUUCUCAGAAUCUCAUCCGAACGGGUUGCGUGCAAGAACUGUCAGAUGACCGAUCCUGGAAGUGAAACAUUGAAACACAACCUCACUUAUUUGUUUACAAAUGAUUGAAAUAGUUUUUCACAAUAAUUAUUUUAGCAUACGAAUCGUGUUUUUCGCCUAUUCAUUAAUUUGCGCAUGCCAUCACAUUGUACUGUUGUACAAUGCACAAAAAUGCAGCGGGAGACGAAGGAAUCCAGUAGGUACAUUAUAAUUUGAAAGUAAGUACCUAUUGUAGUCACUCACAUAUAGUUUUCAUUUUGAAAUUUGGUAAUUUCUGAUUUUUCAUCGGAAUUCCUUCUGAAAAGGAAGCUUAUAGAAAUACUCCAGAAAUGUCUAAAAGAAUGCAAGAUGAUUGGAUUCAUGCAAUCAAACGGGAGGACUGGUCUGACAUGCUGAUGAAAUAUGAUCGUGUGUGUUGUAGACAUUUUCAAUCUUUAGCAGUAUCACCUUCUAUUGCAGAAGUGUGAAAAGUCAUAUUCCUUCGUCUCUCGAUGCAUCUUUUGUGCAUUGUACAACAGCACAAUGAGAAUGGCAUACUUGGAUUAAUGAAUAGCGCAAAAAACACGAUUUGCGAUUCGUAUGCCAAAAUGUUGUGAAAAUUAUUUCAAUCCUUUGAUUCCUCUAUAAACUAAUGAGAAAAAAGUGAGGUUGUGUCUCAAUGUUUUACAGAAAAGUGAUUACCUCCAGGGUCGGUCAUCGUGCACGCUACCUAUUACUAGUCUUCUGUCGUUAUUCGCGGGAAUCAAUGUCACCAGGUGGCGCUCGGUUUUCAUCGUUCCAUGUCAAAGCCACGUCAAAACUGGGGGAAAACAAACUCAAUCCUCUCUCAAUCCUAUUAGUGCCAUUAGCUUGUGCACUGUGUACUGAUAAGAGUGAUAACACUUUAUGUCAUUGACAAGUUUGACAACUACAGCUACAGCAAAAUGUAUGCAAUGUAGUCUAUGCACUUUAUCCAUAGACAAUAGUUUGUUUUCCCCCAGUUUGAAGUUCGUAUUAUGUAACUUAGAUGUCGCCCACUUCGUGAAUCUCGCGAAUUGACAUCGACUUAUGUCAGUGGUGUUCGGAAACGUGAGUGAGAGUGAGGUAGGUACACUCGUCUUCAGUGAACAUGUCGCCGUUGGACGGUAUGAGCGCUCCUACAGCAGCGGUGAUUAAGAGAGCUGACACCGUCCAUGUGCGACAUGUUCUCUGAAGACGACUGUACAUAACAUGUCCUAAAUACGCAUGGUCCAUGGGAUCCAGCUGGAUCUCAUUGAUGGAUGAGCAUUUAUCUUGGAUUAGAGGUCUAGAUAGAUGAAACAGUUAACAAACAGUUGCGGUCGGCCAUUACAGAGUUGAUACGAUGGGAUCAAUGAGUAAAUAUUCUGUUUGGUAUACACCUCACAAAUUUAUUGAAAACUUACCAUAUAUGGUGUUGCCAAAUUUAGUUGGGUUCCUAGUAUUCGGCUUGCUCGUGAAGUCAGCUGGGUGGGUAACAGUGUUGCCAUUCGAUAUCCGAUAGUUCUUAUUUUACAAUCCUCUUCACAUGGCGAUGAAAUGUGAGUACAGUAUUCUUGUGUGAUCUGAAAGAAAGCUUCAUUCCUCUAUCAUGAAAUUUCCGAAAUAUUUUCAAUAAUAGAAGGCAUUCAUGCUUUUUUUUUUGAUUUUACAAGAAUCUGUACGCAUGUUUCUAAUUGAUAUUGGAGAAAAAUUGAAACUACAUUCUUCAGAGUUCCAUGAUUAUGUGGAGGAGACCAAGUUAGUAUUUACAAUGGAAAAUCGGAUUAUUUGCUAAUUAUCUUGAUUUAUUCCAAAUCAUUAAUGAAUUGUGACAAAUAGUGUGGCAAUGAAAAAUCCAAUGGCGAAGACCACUGAGGAAAGAAAUCCGUGCAAACCUCUUUCAAUCGACGAAUCAUAAUUUACGUGUGAUCUACAAUCAAUAUUAUGAGUUGAAGUUGAAGGGAAUCGAAUCUAUAUCGUUUUGAAAUUAGCAUAUUUCAUUCGUUAUUUCGAAAAGCCAAAUAUGAUGGUGGAGCUGUGACGUAUUAGUCCCGCACUGUAGCAAUCUCUCUCUGAUACCUCGUUAUUCUGCAGUGUUGCAGUGUGAUUGGUGAGUUCAAGGACAAUAGGCGUGUUGGGACUAAGACGUCGCACCAGUCUCACCAAUGAAUUGACAAAAAUUCAAAUGGCGCAGGAAAUGUGUGUUUAGAAAUGGACAUAUUCUAAUUUAUUUCAUUCAUCUUCUUAGCAUGAAUGAAAAAAUUCAAAAUUAAUUCGCUGGUAGUUUUUCAGUAUAGAGUUCACAAUAAUGUCGUUUCAAAAAAUCAGUGGUCUCCCCCAUUCCCGUUAUUCGAUUUUGAUGGAGAUGCGUUAUUCUAAUGAUAUAUCUGUGAUUAGGCUUUGUAUUUAUGUUGAUAAAUUGUAUAAUGCCCCAACUAUGUAUAUAAUGAAGGUGCCUUGUAACUUUUGGAAUUGAGAGAUCUCGUUGUCGAGAUACUGAACAGUUCUAGUCUUGUGAUCCUCACGGCACUGAUUUUUAUUUUUCCUAUGAAAUCUUGUCUUUUGAAUUUUUUAUUUAUUUAUACUAUCACCAUAGUUAUUGAAUGCCUUACCGACAUUUUUGGAUAGUUUUUUUAGAUGAAUGUGGAAAUUUUUGUGUGAACUCGAUCUAUGGGUAUGUAAAAUGUUUUAAGGCUUUUCUAUCUACUAAACAUAUAAGAUCAUACGUUUGUAAUUAUAUUGUUGUGUAUCCUCAGUGUUUUUGUAUAUAACUUUUCGAUUAAUAAAUAUUUUCAGAAACAA